AUGGAGCCCAUCGUUGCGGAAUUGAUUGUAUUGCAACUAAUUUACAACAUGCUUUUGCCCAAGUUGACAAAAUCCAGCGAUGGAACGGUGCAAGAAGAUGACUUAGUGAUGAAUAACACUAUCAAAUUGUCGUUGGUAAAACUAACGAAUGAAAUACAGAAUAAUAUCAUUGUGAAUCGGAUUGAUGAGUAUACGAAACUGAAUAUCAAUGACAUAUUAAAGAUUAUCAAGGAGUUGUUCCCGCUGCAGAGGAUUAUUGUUGUGGAUGGGCAGUUGAGUUUCCAAAAUUUGAAAAUUGUAGAAAUUAAAAAAUUGAUCCUAGACAAAUACGAAACGUUUAAGACUAAACAGAUUGAGGCUAUCACCGAAUUGGAAGAUAAGAUCUUGAGUGAAGAUACCACGACAACUGCGUCGCAACCUCAUAUACAGACAAAGGCCACUACGAUAAAGAAAAACGUCGACCCAAGGCGUGAAAAGUUGUUACAAUUGUACAGAGACACUGUGCUGAACAAGUUGCAACAUAAGAACAAGAUUCUUGACAAAUUAUAUGAGAAUUUCAACGAAAAUUCGAGCAAAAUUGUGAAUGAAUUGUUAAAUUUGGACCAAAUUAAGACAACAACGCCCGUAAGCGUGCAUAACUUGCAAUUAAUCCUGCAAAAAUCAAUCAGUGAUGGGAUUAUGUGCAAUGUAGCAUAUUCUCCACAGUGGCAAAUCGCGAGAAAGUCGCAGACUGAACUCAAUGAUACCGUUGAAUUCAUGCGUAGAGCAUUAGAAUGA